CGAAGGCCAAGGGUAAUCCUAAUUAAUGGAUAGUAAUUUAGUGGUAAAUUUUAUUUUCGCUGUACUUAAACAAAUAAUCGAAAGAGGGCGAAAAUAAAGGCAAUUUUUGCGUAAAGAUGCGUUCAUGACUUCAUCCUGUUCGUUUCCAUCUCUUCUCUUUUACUCUCAGGAUUAAGCAUAUUAGAGUGGGAGCAAUAUGAAGUUCAGAAAAGGGAACUUGGUGGAGGUGUUAAGAAGAGAGCACGAUCCAUGCGGAUCCUGGUUUACCGGUGAGAUACUUUCAGCGGAUGGUGACAACUAUAAUGUUCGGUACGAACUGCUCGAGUACCACAAAGUAAAACGAGUCACAGAGAAGGUGCGAGGGAAGGAUGUUAGACCCCUGCCUCCAAGUGUAAAUGGUAAGAGUUGGGCAGUUGGGGAUAUAACCGAGGUGUUUGAUAUUCAGUGUUGGAGGGUGGCAAAGGUUGCGAAGGUGUUAAAUAAUGGUAACCGAUUUGUCCUUAAGUUCUUUGGAUCCAUCCAACUUAAGGAAUUUCAUGCAUCGAGUUUAAGGAUUAGGCAGGCUUGGCAUGGCAACAAGUGGAUAGUGACAGGGAAGGUUGCUGAGAAUAAAAACUUGGUCGACAGCAUCACUCCAAAAAUUCCUUUCUUAGCUUCCAGCUUGCAUUUUGGUGAAACUAUGCGAUUUAGAGCAAGAGAUAGAGGGGGAGAACAUAAGGGUGAGACUCAUAAUAUCGCAACUUGUCUGCCCAUACUAGCAAAGAGUAAAUUAUGGGGGGAAUGCAAUAUGGACACCCUCAUUGGUAGAACCUUCAAGAAAAGGAAAUCGUCUCUGUGUUCUAGAGGCUGUGAUGUAACUCCUAACAGAGCGCUUCCAUUGUUGAAACAGGGAUAUGAUAUUUCAACUAACGGGAAUGGCAGAAUGCAAGACACCACUCCUCACUGUUUUUGUGAUUCUUCUAGGCCUGUUUGGUCUACUGAAGAUAGUGACCAAUGCUCAGUUGCUAGCUGUAGUUUAAACGGUGAUUAUGUUGGCCAAAUCUCUCAUAAAUUGUUGGACAGUGCACCUGAUAAUUCUGAUGCUGAGUCAGCAUUCCCUUCUUUGUGUUACAGCAAAGUAUACGAUAUGCAUAAACUAGAACUUCGUGCUUACAAGUCAACAAUGGAGGCAUUGUUUGUUUCAGGUCCUUUAACUUGGGCAAAGGAGUCCCUGUUAACAAAUCUCCGCUUCAGCCUUAACAUUUCAGACGAGGAACACCUACUCCUGCUGAGACACCUUUUGUCUACUCAAGCUCUUUGAUCUUGCAUGUGUCUGUUGUGGAACUGCUCAAGCAGCGACAGUUUCGAGAUAUGAGAGCUAUUGCAGUUAAAUCUCUAGCAGGCCGCAGCUUACUUUCCCAACUGUAUAUACAUUGUAAAUUAUUUAGGGGAACUGAGUUUUACUAGUUAAAGCUUAGAGCUAAUAACAGGAAAUCUUGCCUUAUCAAGGUUGAUUUGACUGAAUAACUUGAAUAUCAUUUUGUUUUUGUAAUACCCAUCUGUUGUGGAAAUGACUGCAUAAGCAUGAGUUGAA